UGUCGCGGAGCCCGAGCCGGCGGACAUGAAGCGCGCGCCCACCGUGCGUUACCUGAUAUUCUUCCAGUAUCUGGGCACUAACUAUAGUGGGGUAAUGCGAGUCCCUUCAGAACAGCCGAUUCCUGGGGUUCAGAAUUGCUUAGAGGAAGCAGUACAGAGGCUCAGGCCCACCAACGAGGCCAAGCUGUGGAUCUCCAGCCGAACAGACAGUGGCGUACACGCCAUGUGCAACAGCGCUCACCUGGACAUCCAGCGGAAAGAGGGAAUGUUGCCCUUUUCAGAGGAGGUCCUCGUUGGAGCCCUGAAUUUCCAUCUGAAAGGACAGCCGAUUAGCGUUCUAGGGGUACGUCGAGUGGCUGAGAACUUCCACGCCCGUUACAGGGCUCUAUCGCGCACCUACGUGUAUCGGCUAGUGACCGGCUGCCUUCGCCGCUCCCAGCUCCCAGUCUUUGAACAGAAUCUCUGCUGGCCUCUGGCUACCAACAGAGCGUUAAACGUUGGCGCCAUGGAGGAGGCUGCACAGGUGCUGCUGGGGACCCACGACUUCAGCACCUUCCGCUCUUUAAACGACGAGACCCACUUCAGGUCGCCGGUGAAAACGUUGUUACGGGCAGACGUCACUCCAGGCGUCAGCAUGUCCGCGCAGCACGACUUUCACAGGCACCUGGAGUUCUGGGAAAUAACCUUUCGGAGCAGAUCGUUCCUCUAUAAACAGGUGCGGAGGUUGACGGGGGCUCUGGUCAUGGUUGGCCAGGGCAGGCUGACCCCCCGACACAUAAAAGAGCUGCUGGACAUGCGGGAUUCGCGCGCCUUUCCCUCGGAUUCGUUGGCUCCGCCGGACGGCCUGUUCCUGAAGGAAGUGGAGUACGAUGAGAAGGAUUUUGAGGUGGACGAACACGUCGUUGAGUGAAGGGCACAGUCUCGGGAAGAGAGGGGCACAGACCUCAGCGGGCGUCAAUCAACUCCCACAGCGAGUGCACAGCCACCAACACCGAUGAUUAACAGCGGGAUGGGAUGGCUGGUUCACGCCAGGGGAACCGGCUGCAAGUUUUAAACCGCAAUUGAAAUGGUCGGACGUUCGAAGACGCGGAAUCUUAAAGAGUUUCCCGGGAAAGAGCGCGGGGACUUGGGACGAGCGCGGGUCAGGCUCUGCUGGCUGAAUGAGUAUCAUUUUAAGGUGAAUGGUUCCAUCGGCCUUUCAUCCGUCCUACGCUGUAAUUGCUGAUUGUUACCAGUUUCAGUCAUCGACUGACCCACGAAUAAAAGACAUUAACUCUUGGGAGAUUGUGCCAAUAAAUGCAGCCUUUUUCGCCCACAAAAUAU